GCACUGCAGCCCGGGGCGCUGCGUGCAGCAGCAAGAAGCAGCGCACUGCGAGUGCCCCGCAGGGUACGAGGCCCAGGGCCUGGAGUGCCUGCAGAUCCCGCCGUGCCAAAGGGGGCCCCCGGGGCCCUGCGGGGCCCCCGAGAGGGUGGCGGAGUGCGUGGAUGUGGGGCGCAGCAGCUACGCAUGCGUGUGCACCAGUGGUCACGCUGCAGUGACCACCGCUGCAGGCCCGGUGUGCGAGCCAGCCAGCAACAGCUACUUCUGCAGCAGCAGCCCCUGCGGGCAGCAGGGGCUGCUGCGCUGCACCGACUUGCCCGAGGGCGGCGUGGCCUGCGAGUGCAGCAAAGGCUUUUUGCUGGAGAGGGGCCAGGGGUCCACUCCCUUCCGCUGCAGACCAGUGGACCACUGCAGCAGGAAGCCCUGCGGCUCCGACGCCGUGGCCCGCAGCUGCUUCCGCACUGCAGCAGGAGGCUACUCCUGCGUCUGCCAGGACUCUGCGGAGCUGCUGCAGGGCGACGACGGGCCUUACUGCCAGCAGCUGCAGCAGCAAAACGGGCUCUUCAUCUACUUCGCUGCUGCUGCUGCUGCUGCUGCUGCUGCUCUCCUCGGAGUCGCCGUCUGGUGGCUCGCAUUCAAAGACGGGCCCAACGCCCAACAGGAAUACGACUACACUGCAGCAGCUUUCCUUUCCGCCAGCGGACAACAGUUCGCCACCUAA